AUGUCGGGCCUCACACUAUCCUCCGCAUGGUACUCCUCGCAGUUGGCGACCAUCUUCUUUGCCAUCCUGGCAGCCACAGCCGCCUUUUCUGCCGCCUACCCGCUGGCUUAUCUCUCCAUCACCGUCUCGUUGGCAAUCUCCCUGUACCAGGCGUUGACUGCAGAGGCUAAGAGCCCUGCUCCAGCUGCCGUUGCCGGUGGCGACACGCCAAACGCCAAGAGUGACUCUGCCGCUGAUAAGGACACCGCCACUGGCUCACUGAAGAAGCUGGUGGGCCCGGCCAGAAAGCACCCAACGACCCCGUACGUGCUGCUUGCGCUCGGACACCUCCUUGUCUUCCCCCGGUUCACACUCACUUUGCUUCCGUUUGUGCUCUUUGCCUUCUUCCACGCCAUCAACUACACCCGGACAUUUGUUCUGCCUGUGCUCCCUGUCAGCGAGGGGCUCAAGAGCAGGGGAAAGUCUGUGCUCGAGCACGUCAACUCGAGAUACAACGAGGCUGCCUUCCGGCUUGCGGUCUGGGUGCAGCUUCUCUGCUUUGCCAUUGAGGUGCUAUGGGCCGUCGUCAUGACGCCAUUGAACCUUGUCGGCUAUGGGGACGGCCGUCUGUUACUCAACUGGGCUGCCGCUGCCGGCUGGCUCGUCUUCAUCGGCACGUUGCAGUCGCAGAACCUCCUGAUGAAGGCGGCAAUCAACCAGGUUGUCACUAACGUCGACGGCGUCGUGUCCGACCCAAGGGUUCCGCAGCAGGCCAGAGAUGUCUGGGCCAGAACAAAGCACGUCGUCAGAUACAAGGACCUGAACCACGUCCAGUGA